AUACGGAUACGUCACCUCCUUCAUUUGGUUGGGAUUCAAACAAAGCAAAGCAUUCCUUUCUUCUUCUUCUUCUUCUUCUUCUUCUUCUUCUUCUUCCUUUCUCGUCCUAUUCAACUAAACCGUCUUCUUCUUCUUCUUCUUUCUGUUUCGCUUUCGCUAAACGACGUCGUUUGGACUCGGCCAGCCAUGUCGUACGACUACCUCUUCAAGUACAUCAUCAUCGGCGACACAGGGGUAGGGAAAUCGUGCCUGCUCCUCCAAUUCACCGACAAGAGGAUCCAACCCGUUCAUGAUCUCACCAUUGGUGUCGAGUUUGGCGCUCGCAUGGUCACCAUCGAUUCUCGACCCAUCAAGCUUCAGAUAUGGGAUACCGCUGGGCAAGAGUCUUUUAGAUCCAUCACUAGGUCUUACUACAGAGGAGCAGCAGGAGCACUUCUAGUUUAUGACAUUACAAGGAGAGACACAUUUAAUCAUUUAGCAAGUUGGCUGGAAGAUGCCCGGCAGCAUGCCAAUCCUAACAUGUCAAUCAUGCUGAUAGGGAACAAGUGUGAUCUGUCUCAUCGAAGGGCAGUGAGCAAAGAGGAGGGGGAACAAUUUGCUAAGGAAAAUGGACUUCUGUUCUUGGAGGCUUCUGCUAGGACAGCUCAAAAUGUGGAAGAGGCUUUUAUAAAGACUGCUGCUAAGAUUCUUCAGAAUAUUCAGGAAGGUGUCUUUGAUGUGUCCAAUGAGUCAUUUGGUAUAAAAAUUGGCUAUGGACGUCCCCAAGGUCAAUCAGGUGCCAGAGAUGGAUCUGUUUCUGCAAGAGGUGGGUGUUGCAGCUGAUUUGGAGGAAAAAACAACUCUGAAUCUAAUCCUUUUGUGCAUCUAUUUCUGCAUUCCCUGUCUCAACCGAAUGUAUACUCUUAGACUUGACAUGGAACUUUCGGAUAACACUACAAUUUAAUGUAUAUAUCUAAUCUCAAAGGUGUUCGUGGGACAGAUUUGACUGCAUAGUUGUUCAGAUCUAAAUGUUUAAUGGUUGGCUGUUGUGUUCAAUCCCAGUUGUUACUUGCCAUAAUAUUUACAUGGAGUAACAUUUUAGUAGGUACUAUCUAAUACACUUCAUUCAAUGUUAAACGUGCA